AUGUCGAAGCGCAGGCUAGCCGAGGAGGCCGCGGACGAGCGCCACAUCAUGCGCAUCAUGCCGCUGGGCGCGGGCAACGAGGUGGGGCGCUCGUGCAUCGUGCUCAAGUUCAAGGGCAAGACCAUCAUGCUGGACUGCGGCGUGCACCCGGGCUACUCGGGGCACGGCAGCCUGCCGUUCUUCGACGGCGUGGAGGCCGAGGAGAUCGACCUGCUGCUCAUCACGCACUUCCACAUCGACCACGUGGCCGCGCUGCCGCACUUCACGGAGAAGACCAACUUCAAGGGCCGCGUCUUCAUGACGCACCCGACCAAGGCCGUGAUGCAGAUGAUGCUGCGCGACUUCCUGCGCGUGUCCAACAUCUCGGUGGACGACCAGAUCUACGACGACAAGGACCUCAACAACUGCGUCUCCAAGGUUGAGAUCAUCGACUUCCACCAGGAAAUCAUGCACAACGGCAUCAAGUUCACGCCCUACAACGCCGGCCACGUGCUGGGCGCGUGCAUGUACCUCAUCGAGAUCGGCGGCGUCAAGGUGCUCUACACGGGGGACUACUCGCUGGAGAACGACCGCCACCUCAUGGCGGCAGAGCUGCCGGCCUGUUCGCCCGACGUGCUCAUUGUCGAGUCCACCUACGGCGUGCAGGUGCACCAGUCCGUGGUGGAGCGUGAGGGACGCUUCACGGGGCAGGUGGAAGCUGUGGUGCGUCGUGGUGGACGUUGUUUGAUCCCCGUCUUCGCUUUGGGGCGGACGCAGGAGCUGCUGCUGAUUCUGGACGAGCACUGGCGCUCCCACCCGGACCUGCAGGACAUCCCAAUCUACUUUGCAUCCAAGCUGGCGGCCAAGGCGCUGCGUGUGUACCAGACGUACAUCAACAUGAUGAACGACCGUAUCCGAAAGCAGAUAGCCAUCUCGAACCCGUUCCAGUUUGAGCACAUUUCUAACCUGAAGAGCAUGGACGACUUCGAUGACUCCGGCCCGUCUGUUGUGAUGGCCAGUCCUGGUAUGCUACAGAGUGGUGUCUCGCGACAGCUCUUUGAGCGUUGGUGCUCGGACAAGCGCAACGCUUGCUUGAUCCCCGGUUACGUUGUUGAGGGCACGCUGGCCAAGAAGAUUCUGUCGGAGCCGACGGAGAUCGCCGCGCUGGAUGGACGCAUUAUCCCGAUGAACUGCACGGUGGAGUACAUUUCGUUCUCUGCUCACGCAGACUUUGUGGGCACAAGCGGAUUCGUAGAGAAGCUUACCCCUCCGAACAUUGUCCUGGUGCACGGCGAGAAGAAUGAAAUGAUGCGUCUGAAGUCGGCGCUGAACAAGAAGUUUAACGACCCCAAGGUUUACCACCCUAGUAUUUCCACGCCAGCCAACAUGCAGGAGAUCGUGCUGGAGUUCAAGGGUGAGAAGAUUGCCAAGGCUAUCGGUGGUCUUGCUAGCGACCAGCCAAAGAAUGGCAAGGUGAUUUCUGGUCUGCUUGUCGAAGUGGACUCGCAGACGCACUUGAUGGACAAGGAAGACCUCUCGACCUACACGAAGCUUAUCUCGGGUAGUAUCACCCAGAAGCAGCACGUGCCGUUCGAGUACAACUCGUUCGACGUGCUUAUCACCUUCAUUCGUCAGAUGUACGAGGAUGUUGUUCACCUGGAGACAGAAAACCGCGUGGUGGUUUGCAAGCAGGUCGUUGUGACCCGUUGCCCCGUCGCCAAGGGCGCCACCGAGAAGCUUGUUGUCGAGUGGACGUCGGCACCAACGGCUGACAUGAUCGCCGACUCUGUGAUCGCGCUGGCCAUGCAUGCGCAGGCGAGUCCGGCGAGCUUCAAACUGAGUGGCCAGCCCACGGCUGCUUGCCCGCACGACCAUUCUAAGAAGGAAGAUGAGAGUGCACACAACGAGGGUGCUGCCACGAAAACUGAGGAAGAGGAGACCCCUGCAGAGUCAGACCUGGAGAAGGCUGCAAGGGAGCUCGGUGAGGCCGACCAAGACGCACUGAAUCUGCUGAUCGUGUUCCGCCUUCUGAAGGACCAGUACGGCGAUGUUGAUUUGGAUUUCGAGACCAACAAGAUUCACGUGAGAACACCCAGUGGCAUUGAUGCUGUGGUGGAUCACGCGUUACAGGAAAUCGAGUGCAAGGACGCAGCUUUCAAGCUCAAGCUUCAGACAACCGUCCGUCGCAUUGAAGGUGCACUGAAGCCCAUUGCUACGUCGUGA